CCCGACGCAGGAGGCGGGGCCGCUCAGUCCUCGAGGCGGCGGUGCUCUGCGGCGGUGGAAUCUCGUUGCUUGUCGGCCUGUGCGCGCGUGCGCGGACAUGGCCUCCAACGACUAUACCCAGCAAGCAACCCAAAGCUAUGGGGCCUACCCCACCCAGCCUGGGCAGGGCUACUCGCAGCAGAGCAAUCAGCCCUAUGGACAGCAGAGUUACAGUGGCUACGGCCAGUCGGACACUUCAGGCUAUGGCCAGAGCAGCUACGGUUCUUCCUACGGACAGACCCAGAACACAGGCUAUGGCACUCAGUCAGCUCCCCAGGGAUAUGGCUCAACUGGUGGCUAUGGCAGUAGCCAGAGUUCUCAGUCAUCUUAUGGGCAACAGUCCUCUUAUCCUGGCUACGGCCAGCAGCCAGCUCCUAGCAGCACCUCGGGAAGUUAUGGUAGUGGUUCUCAGAGCAGCGGCUACGGGCAGCCCCAGAGUGGGGGCUAUGGCCAGCAGUCUGGCUAUAGUGGACAGCAGCAAGGCUACGGACAGCAGCAAAGCUCCUAUAACCCCCCUCAAGGCUAUGGACAGCAGAACCAGUACAACAGUAGCAGUGGAGGUGGUGGCGGAGGGGGUGGUGGAGGUAACUACGGCCAAGAUCAGUCCUCCAUGAGUGGUGGCGGCGGCGGUUAUGGCAAUCAGGACCAGAGUGGUGGUGGCGGUGGCUACGGGGGAGGCCAGCAGGACCGUGGGGGCCGCGGCCGGGGCGGUGGCGGUGGUUACAACCGUAGCAGCGGUGGCUAUGAACCCAGAGGUCGUGGAGGUGGCCGUGGAGGCAGAGGCGGCAUGGGCGGAAGUGACCGUGGUGGCUUCAAUAAAUUUGGUGGCCCUCGGGACCAAGGAUCACGUCAUGACUCCGAACAGGAUAAUUCAGACAACAACACCAUCUUCGUGCAGGGCUUGGGCGAAAAUGUUACCAUUGAGUCUGUGGCUGAUUACUUCAAGCAGAUUGGUAUUAUUAAGACCAAUAAGAAGACAGGACAGCCCAUGAUUAAUCUGUACACAGACAGGGAAACGGGCAAGCUGAAGGGAGAGGCAACAGUGUCGUUUGAUGACCCACCAUCUGCUAAAGCGGCUAUUGACUGGUUUGAUGGUAAAGAAUUCUCUGGGAAUCCUAUCAAGGUCUCAUUUGCUACUCGGCGAGCAGACUUCAAUCGGGGCGGUGGCAAUGGUCGUGGAGGCCGAGGGCGAGGAGGACCUAUGGGCCGUGGAGGCUACGGAGGUGGUGGCAGUGGUGGCGGUGGCCGGGGAGGAUUCCCUAGUGGAGGUGGUGGUGGCGGCGGCCAGCAGCGAGCUGGUGACUGGAAGUGUCCAAAUCCUAUAUGUGAGAACAUGAACUUCUCCUGGAGGAAUGAAUGCAACCAGUGUAAGGCCCCUAAACCAGAUGGCCCAGGAGGGGGACCAGGAGGCUCUCAUAUGGGGGGUAACUAUGGAGAUGAUCGUCGCGGUGGAAGAGGAGGCUAUGAUCGGGGCGGCUACCGAGGCCGAGGCGGGGACCGUGGGGGCUUCCGAGGGGGCCGGGGUGGUGGGGACAGAGGUGGCUUUGGCCCUGGCAAGAUGGACUCCAGGGGUGAGCACAGACAGGAUCGCAGGGAGCGGCCGUACUAGCUCGGCUCCUGACGUUCUGCAGCAGCUUUCCUUCUCGUCCCCAGGGUCCCCUCAUUAUUUUGUAACCUUCCAACUCCUGAUCACCCACGGGUUUUUUGUGUCGGACUAUGUCAUUGUAACCGUACCUCUGGUUCCCAUUAAAAACCAUCGUUUUAGUUAAA